AUGACUGUUGUUAAAGCCCGAUACGGUAAAGCGAAUGUUCGUCUCUUGAAGGUCAAGCGUGACCCCAAGGAUCCCAAGAAGCAGGAUGUCAUUGAACUCCGCGUGCGCUGUCUUCUGGAGGGUGAUAUCGACUCUUCUUACACGGCAGCCAACAACAAGGUCGUGGUGCCCACUGACACUGUUAAGCAGACCACCUACAUUCUUGCUAAGAAAGGUGAGGUCUGGCCUAUUGAGCUUUUCGGCGCUCGCCUCGCUGAUCACUUUGUGACCACUUAUCCCCACAUUCGGGGUGCUCAUGUUGACAUUCAGCAGUACCGCUGGACCCGUUACGAGGUCCAGGGCAAGCCUCACCCCCAUUCCUUCAUGCAGGACGGCGUUGAGACCCGCAAUGUCUCUCUGUACAAGCGGGAGGGCCAGCCCUACCAGAUCACCUCGGGCAUCGCCGGCCUGACCGUUCUCAAGUCAACUGGUUCUAUGUUCUACGACUUCCACACUGACGAUUACACGGUUCUCAAGGAUACCUACGAUCGUAUCUUGUCCACCGAUAUCGAUGCUUCCUGGAAGUGGAACCCCAGAAGUGUUCCUGACUUGGCCGCCGUCACCAAGCUGGCUACCGAGGGCCUUUUCGAUGCCGCCUGGGCAGGCGCUCGCAACCAGACCCUGGAGAUCUUUGCUUUGGAGAACUCUGCUUCCGUUCAGGCGACCAUGUACAACAUCUCCCAGUCAAUUCUUGACAAGUUCGCGCCCAUCGAGACGGUCACCUUUGUCCUGCCCAACAAGCACUACUUCGAGGUCGACCUCUCGUGGCACCACGGCCUCAAGAACACCGGCAAGGAUGCUGAGGUCUACGCUCCUCAGACCGACCCCAACGGUCACAUUGAGUGCACGGUUAGCCGCAAGUCUGCCAAGCUGUAA